UGUUGAAUUGUCGAUAACUACAAAGGGAGCCCGAAGCUGCCAUCAGAAGACAUGACCAGGUGAACUAGACAAAAAUGGCCGACAACAUCAACAACAAGCACACCUCCACAACAACACCGUCCGCCUCCUCGCUCUCUCUCUCUAAUAAUAAGGGAACGGGAGCCAUGACCCCUGCAACGCGGGCCGAAGACCUGGACUCGGCCUCCCCGUCUUCCAUCAACGCCGCCGCUGCCGUUCCGGAUCCGAAUCCCCCAAGUCAACCACAACACUUACCACCACAGCCAGCACAGCCAGACCUAGAAUCCCAACAAUCACCAUCCCCCGGCCUCGACCCCAAGACCACCAACCCAUUCGGCGCCCGCCCAGCAUGCUUCCCCUCCACUCCCCUCGAAAUCGCCUUCGUGCUCCAAGCGACCAUGGCCACGGCCACCUCCUCCUUCUUCCAGGGCGCAUCGGCCAUCAUCACCGCCUCGAUCGGCCGCGACCUGGGCAUGUCGCAAGGCGAGAUCACGUGGAUCACCGCGUCGACGGCCCUGACCGCGGGCGCCUUCCAGCUCGGGCUGGGCCAGAUGGCCGACUUACUCGGGCGGAAAGCCACGUUCAUCGUGGGGAUGGCCAGCUUCAGCGUGUUUGCCCUGCUGGUCGCCUUCGCGCGCAACCCGUUCUGGAUGGACGUCGUGUGCGGCGUGCUGGGCGUGUGUGCGGCCAUGGUGGUGCCGCCCGCGAUCGGCAUCAUGGGCGCGGCGUAUGGCACGCCGAGUAAGAGGAAGAAUUUGGCGUUCUCGGCGUUCAGUGCGGGCAAUCCGCUGGGGUUCGUGUUUGGGAGUGUGGUGAGUGGGGUGGCGACUAUGGUGGUGAAUUGGCGUGCGUCGUAUGUCUUGAUUGCGAUUGUCUGGGUCGUGUUGGCUGUGCUGGCGGUCUGGACGAUCCCCAAGGUGGAGGCGUAUCCUGAGGGGCAAGGGUUGAGGGAGCGGGCGAGGGAGUUUGUGAGCAAGUUUGACUUUGUCGGCACGGCGUUGACGAUUCUGGGCACGGGGCUGUUGACGGCUGCGGUGACGCUCGGCCCGACGGACGGGUGGAAGUCGCCACACAUCAUCGCCAUGCUCGUGCUCGGGGUCGUGCUGCUUGGGGGCUUUGUCUACUGGGAGACGGUGUACCCGCACCCGCUGAUGCCGCCGCACAUCUGGAAGGACCGCAACUUCACCUUUAUCAUCCUCUCCUGCCUGCCCGGCUACAUGGCGUUCAUGGCGGCGCAGUUCUGGCUCUCCUUCCUGAUGCAGGAGCUGCAGCACCUCACCCCCCUCAUGGUGGCCGUGCACCUGCUCCCGCAGGCCAUCGCGGGGCUCGUCUACAACAUCAUUGCCGGGUCGGUGCUGCACCGCAUCAACAACACGUUGCUCCUGGUGCUGGGCAGCGGCUGCUACGUGGCCUCCAACGCGCUGCUGGCCGCCAUGCAGGCCGACAGCCCCUACUGGGCCUUCGUCUUCCCCUCGCUCGUGCUCGGCGUCGUCGGCGCCGACUUUCAGUUCAACGUGGCCAACAUGUACGUCAUGCAGUCGCUGCCCUCGCACCAGCAGGCCCUGGCCGGCGGCAUCUUCAACACGCUGUUCCGCCUCGGCGCCGCCAUCGCGCUGGGCAUCUCGACCGCCGUCUACACCUCGUUUGCCGGCGUGCAACCCGGGGCCGCGCUGCGUGACCCCAUGCUGCCCUACGCCAAGGCCUUCCAGGUCUCGAUCGGCCUGAGCGCGGCCAGCUUUCUGUUUCUGCCCUUUGUCAGGCUAGGUACGCAGGGACAUGCUGGGGUGGGUACUAGUAGUAGUGGCGGCGGCAGCAGCGUAGAUGACGAUGGCAAUAUGUUGAGGUUAGUAAAAGUAACGCAAGAUCAAAAGAAGAUCCCGACUGCAGUAGGCGAGGAAAGGGCGGCGGAGAAAUGAAAUUUAACGGAAUAGGCGCGUUGGAAAAGGCAUGCAAAUGGUUGGAAAAGAGAAAACGCUCAUGCUAUAGAAGAGCUGACGUGUAGGGUCGCCACUACUGGUAGCUACCAGGUACACAGGUCAGACCAUUUCGGAGUUGCCAGCUCGGAGGGACGUCGGCGAAUGCUUGGUCCUUAACCUGUUACCAUCCUGAAACGGCGUCCAUGUUCGUGUGAAAGGCGGUACCGUUUGUUAUGCAAUCUUGGACAAAAAGAGCGCGCUGAGUUGUUGACUUGAGGCACCAGUGGGUGAAAGGUGUAUGAAUCGGACUAAAUAGU